AUGGCACCCAAAAACGCGCAGAAACGUGAGCUUAGUGCGGCCGAGCUGGCCAUGUUGGAUGACAUCGGUGCUGGCCGUAUCGAUGAGCUCCCCUUGGAGGACACCGGCAGGGUUCCUCGUAACGUCGCUGCCAUGAACAGCAUUGAGAGCGGCCGAACCGGAACGGACAAUAGAUGGAACCAAGCCAUUGCCGGAGGCGCCUUCGAAGACGAUGACGCCGCUGUUGUCGCAGGACAGAGGGAGCUUGCGAAUGGCCAGCUUGCUCGUAUGCGUCGAGCUGCUGACCUUUCCUACAUGGCUGUCAACCGAGGCUUCGACUACAACGAUCGUCGUCUUCGCCAAAACCACAACGGCCAGGUUGCCCCGCGAGCGCAAUUCUUUCGAGGCGAGCGAGGUCCUGCGCGGGCUGGCCUGGCUCACACGGGAGAUGGCCCUGUCGAGCUCCGCGGAGCGAUGCGCAACAGCCGGCAUGCACCUCAGCCUGCGCCUGUGUCAAAUGCCAGCACGCAGCGCCCUGCUAGGUCCUCGACGAAUGACAUGUUGCCAUCCGUUGUUUCUAGUGCUCAUGGAUCGGACCAAGCCUUGCCCUUUCGCGCCCGACCUUUGGACGCAACUCGACCUCCGCCUCAACCCGCAGCUGUUCCCACUGUCAGCAGUGCUCCACAAGAGGAAGCCCAAGUGCCGUCGACCACUGUGUGCCUUUUACUGCCUGAAGGACACUCUGUAUUGUUCCAGGCAACAGUAUCAUUUGCGUCACCCGCCUUCCUCGACCGAAUUGCGGAGUACCCUGGGACUAUUUACCUAGUUGCUGGACCUGCCACGAACGAGGAUCAGAUCAUCCUCCACAUCGAUGAGGAUCGCGUGGGGGAUGUGAAGCGUCGUACAGAAGAAUACGUUGACUACCUCUCCGAUGCCGACCGACUAAUCCUGCAAUUCAAGGACGAAGUUGGCUACAUCACCUGGUUCGUGGUUAUAUUUCGCCAGCGGGAUAUCAUGGUUGCUUUCGUGGAUGCUCUUCGGAAGUUCGUCGGCCGCUUGAAAGAGCCAUCCCCAAGCCCAGCUGCUCCAAAUAUGGGCCCUUCCCUCGUCGAUACUUCAGCUCUGCCCGUUGAGCCUCCGCAUGACAUCUCGGCCCCGAUCAUCGAGAGCCCCGUUCUGCCGAACGAGACUGCAUACGAUCUCACCACGGCUGGCAAAUCCCUCGCGGAGACGACUUCGCGGAGCACAGUAGCUCGGCAACCAGACACCCUAAGGACGAUCUCUAUGGUGAUUCUUGAGGACAUUGUGUCAUGGGCUAUGCACAUUGUUGCUUUCGUUAGAGAUUCUGGCCCUGCGGAGUUGGCGAAUGCCGAUGCACUCCCUGGCAUUAUUCGAGGAGCGGCUGCUGCAGUUUUGAUGGAAAAGCAUGCUGGAUUCGCUGACCUUGAUUCUAAAGAACGGGUUGCUUAUGUCGAUAAUAUCUGCGCCCCGCAGGUAUUCGAGAGAUUCAAGCGGCGAAUGCUUGAAGAUGCAGCCAAGAAGGGGCCUACGGAGGCUGUAUCGACAACUGAGCCCAAGACUCAGAAGUCCCCAGAUGUGCAAGAGACCUCGCCUCCUAAGCGUCCUCGGCCGAAGUACACCAUCCAGAAGCUAUUGCAUCUAGAGUCCACAGCCGUCGACCCACCUGAGUUCUUGACAGAGCUGAGAUACCUGCCCGAGAUGAAUCCGGAGAAUCGAGCCCUGAUCGAGCAGAUCAUUCGGCAGGCUCAUGGGCUUCCCGGCACCUCCCUACCAUUGCAGGCGCCCCAGGUCUCAGGGCGCGCAACUCCUCGGACUACACACAUGAAUUGCCCGAGGGCAGGAACUAAGCUUGAUGGUCAUGUCUCUCCAGCUCGUGCGCAAAACGUUGGCGGUCGCAACUCUGACGCUGGUUCAGUACAUGCUGCACCAGCCCUACCAACCCACCCACCUAGGGUCACAGUGACUGCUCCGGUCGAGAUGCCUCAUCCUGAGGAGCCUCUCAUCUCCAUUCAUGGCGAGAUGAACGGACUGAACUCUUCGAGACACAACAAGAACGGUGUGGAUCUACUUGGACAGAGCGCGGGUCAGUUCACCGGUGCGCUCUCAAAGAACAAAUCUCACCUGGAAGAUUUGAUGUUAAUUGAUCGAGUCGAGGACUUCGAGGUUAUCCGUGCCAACGACCCCGAGGUCGCCGAGAUUGCGGACCGGUUUGCACGAGUCCACUUCGACGACGGACUACCCACUUAG